AAAUGUCGACGUCUGUGUUGUUUAAUUUAUUUAUUCUAAGUGUUGUAUUUAAUUGUGUUGUUGCUAGUGAGGAAUCAAAAGUCGUGAUAUUGGCUGAUGGUGCUGUGAAAGGCAAUAAGUACUGGGAUGGGGAGUUCUAUGAGUUUUACGGUGUGCCCUACGCUAAAGCUCCAACGGGUAGAGAUAGGUUUCAGGCCCCCUUACCUCCAGAACCAUGGCAAGGAGUAUUAGAAGCAUCGAAAAAAAAUACAAUAUGCCAACAAUGUUAUAUCACAGGGGACAGCGAUGACGGCGUACUAGUUGAUGGUGUUGAGGACUGUCUCCUAAUGAACUUGCUAGUCCCUCAAGUAGCAUCAGAAACAAAUCUAGUACCUGUCGUAGUAUACAUCCAUAGUGGAGCAUUCUCCGGAGGCAGUGGCAGUAUGGCCAACUAUCAUUAUGUAGCUAGACAUGACGUAAUAACCAUAAGCUUCAAUUAUAGAUUGGGAGCGUUAGGAUUUGCAUGUUUGGGCAAUAAAGAAAUACCAGGAAAUGCUGCACUAAAAGAUCAAGUUGCAGCUCUAAGAUGGAUCCGAAAGAAUAUUAAGAAAUUUGGCGGUGAUCCAACUAAGGUUACGCUUGCAGGAUUCAGUGUUGGUGCUACAAUGGCUGAGCUACUCUCUCUUUCUAAAGCAACAACAGGUUUAUUUAAUAGAAUUAUUUUAGACAGCGGCUCGGCUUUAGCUCCGUUCGCUAUUAAUAGAGAUCCUAUAUCUACAGCAAAAAAUGUAGCUAUAUCUCUCGGUUAUAACGGAACAAUGACGUUAGAAGGCUUAACUGAAUUUUACCUAACCACAAAUAUAAGUGGUCUAGCAGAAAAGAGUGUAAAUUACCAUUUGAAGAAUAGCACUUUCGGUUUCGCUCCAUGCAUUGAAAAUGUUCUGGAAGAUGUAGAACCUAUACUUACCGAGUCUCCAUUAGAUACACUAAAGAACGGGAGAAAUAAUGAUGUGGCAGUGUUAACUGGUUUUGCUGAUAUGGAAGGUUUGAGUCGAUCUAUUAAGUUUGGUACAUGGCGAGAAGAUAUGAACGAAGACUUUUCAGAAUUCCUACCCGCUGAUCUUCUCUUUGAUGAUGAUAGAGUAAGAGAAAAAUUUAUCAAUGAAAUUAAAAAACACUAUUUCGAUAAUAAACCAGUUAAUGCGGAAGCACUUCAAAGAUAUGUGGAUUACUUUUCAGAUUCUAUGUUCAAAUACAACAUUCUCAAAUCGGCCAAAUUGCAUGCAAUUUCUAAUAAAAGGCCUGUGUACCUUUACGAGUUUUCUUAUACAGGCAAGCUCAAUAUUGAACAUAAUUAUAUGGACAGAAUAAAAGGUGCUAGUCAUAGAGAUCAAACUGCAUACAUCUUGGAUUUCUUUGGUCACACAAACAGUUAUAAGGAUUUGGAUACCAGAGAGCGUAUGACUACUAUGUGGACUGACUUUGUGAAAUACGAGAAUCCAACAGCUUUUGAGAGCUCUCUUAUAAAUAUUAAGUGGCUACCGUUUACAAAUAGCAAACGACACUAUAUGGAGAUCAACAAGAAAUUGCAAAUGAAGAAAAAUCUUUUCGAAGAUGGAUACGAUUUCUGGGAUAAAAUUUACGAAAAAUAUUACUGGACACCGACAGCUCCCAAAUUUGAAGAGAGCAAAGACACUAAUAAAGAAAAAGAUACUCCAAAAGAAAAGCACUCUCUAAAAGUAAUGGAGACUCCAAAAGAAAAUAACCCUCCAAAAGAAAAGGACUCUUUGAAAAAAAAGAGUACUCCAGAACAAGACAACGACGCUACGAAAGUGAAGGACAUCCCAAAAGAAACUGACACUACGAAAGAAAAGAACACUUUGAAACACAAGGACACAACCGAUGUAAAAGACAACAAGAAGGAAAUUAACACUUCAGAUGAAAACAACAGUUUGAAGAAGGAAAGUAAUAAUCCGAAAUAA